GGUGCGGAAGCGUAUAAAUGAAGCCGAACCAUGGGAAUCUAAUUCAGUUUGCGUUCAUCAACAGGAACGACGGUUGUGAUCCCUCCGCUGGUGGUGACACGUAUCAUACACAUAAUUUCAUAAAAUAAAACAAUUUAAAAAAAAACACACAAAAACCUGCAUCCCGCUCUCUAUUCACCAAUCCGUCUCAAGCCGAACCCGCACCAGUGACGAACCGUUUUGUGGCGAAAGCAAUAUCCAGCGAUUUGAAAAGCGAAUCCUUACAGUGACAGUGUAAUCUCAUACGCGGAACUUUCGAUAACAGUCAGUGUGUGCGUGUGUACGUGCGUACGAGCGUCUGUUACCAGUCUCGUAGCAAAGGAAUUACAUCAAGAUGGUUUACAAUUUCAAAGUCUUCAAGAAGUGUGCCCCCAACGGAAAGGUUACGCUGUACAUGGGCAAGCGUGACUUUGUGGACCAUGUUGCAGGCGUUGAACCGAUCGAUGGCAUCGUCGUGCUGGACGACGAGUACAUCCGCGACAACCGCAAGGUGUACGGUCAGGUGGUCUGCAGCUUCCGCUAUGGCCGCGAGGAGGACGAGGUGAUGGGCCUGAACUUCCAGAAGGAGCUUUGCCUCGCCUCGGAACAGAUCUACCCGCGGCCGGAAAAGUCGGACAAGGAGCAAACGAAGCUGCAGGAGCGCCUGCUGAAGAAGCUCGGCUCCAACGCGAUCCCGUUCACGUUCAACAUCUCGCCGAACGCACCGUCCUCGGUGACGCUGCAGCAGGGCGACGACGACAAUGGCGACCCGUGCGGUGUGUCGUACUACGUGAAGAUCUUUGCCGGCGAUUCGGAGACGGAUCGUACGCACCGCCGCAGCACGGUCACGCUCGGCAUCCGCAAGAUCCAGUUCGCGCCGACCAAGCAGGGCCAGCAGCCGUGCACGGUGGUGCGCAAGGACUUUAUGCUGAGCCCGGGAGAGCUGGAGCUGGAGGUGACGCUGGACAAGCAGCUGUACCUGCACGGCGAGCGAAUAGGCGUCAACAUCUGCAUACGCAACAACUCGAACAAGAUGGUGAAGAAGAUCAAGGCGAUGGUGCAGCAGGGCGUGGACGUGGUGCUGUUCCAGAACGGUAGCUACCGCAACACGGUGGCCUCGCUGGAGACGAGCGAGGGCUGCCCGAUCCAGCCCGGUUCCAGCCUGCAGAAGGUGAUGUACCUGACGCCGCUGCUGUCCUCCAACAAGCAGCGUCGCGGUGUCGCCCUGGACGGUCAGAUCAAGCGUCAGGAACAGUGUUUGGCUUCGACUACGCUCUUGGCUCAACCGGACCAGCGCGACGCCUUCGGCAUUAUCAUUUCGUACGCCGUCAAGGUGAAACUGUUCCUCGGUGCUCUCGGAGGCGAACUGUCGGCCGAGCUUCCGUUUGUGCUGAUGCACCCGAAGCCCGGUACCAAGGCUAAGGUCAUUCAUGCAGACAGCCAGGCCGACGUGGAAACCUUCCGACAGGACACGGUCGAUCAGCAGGCUUCGGUGGACUUUGAUUAAUUCGCGCUUGCUGCAAACCCAGGCACGGACGGACUACGACGACAAAUGUCACCACAGAAAACCAACAAAACACGCAAAUUUACUCAUACAACAACCGCAAACGCAAACGACCAUCAACGAGACGACGCAAACGAUUAUUCGAUCUCACUUCCCCGUCUUUUAUAUCCUAAGCAAUAAUAUCACGACGAUGGCCGAUGGAGAGAAAGAUGGAGAGAAUGAAACGAAACACGAAAUGAUUACCAACAAUCGAGCAAAGGGAACCAUCCGACUGUGCGCUUAUUGUGUUACUGUGUGGAGAGAGUCAGUCAGCCAGCCAGCAGGGCAGGGGCGGCCAAGCAGUCGAUCGAGCGCGCCUGAAUGCCUCCCCCUGUUGAACGAUGUACCUUACAAAAUUUACAAAAUAGAACCGCCACCCACGUCUCUGCGCCGUCUUUAACCACAUCGGUAGCGCUUCGAGCAGGGGGUGCAGUUUUCAUAGGAUCCUUCUGUGCGCAAGGAUUAAGGCUAUUGAACUAUUGAAGCUGUUUUGUUAUUGUGCGACCAAUUAUGUACACACCGAAUACGAAUCUCUCAUACGAUUGAAUAAAACAAAACGAACAACAUUCGAAUUGGAUGAAAACAAA